CUCCCAUUCCACACAUCCAAACCAUCCUCCUCAAUCUCAUUUCUCAUCAAACCCUCCAUCGUGAUUAUGAUGACCUCCUUAUAUGGCAGCCUUGUUCCUUUCCUCCUCCUCACAGCACUGAUGAUGGCGGCUGUGAGCGAUAGCCGGAGGAGCUUUCGAGAAAUUGUGUCGAAGUCGGGUGGUGAUUAUGGUGCUAGUAAGGGCACUCAAUGGGCUGUUUUAGUCGCCGGAUCCAACGGUUAUUAUAACUACAGGCACCAGGCUGAUGUGUGCCAUGCCUACCAAAUCCUUAAGGCAAAUGGAUUGAAAGAUGAGAACAUCAUCGUGUUCAUGUAUGACGACAUCGCCCGAAACGAGGAAAAUCCCACAAAGGGUAUCAUCAUCAACAAACCCAAUGGCCCCGAUGUCUACCAUGGAGUUCCCAAGGAUUACACCGGUCAUGCAACUACCGCAACCAACUUGUAUGCAGUCCUUCUUGGGAACAAGACAGCUCUCAGCGGGGGCAGUGGCAAGGUUUUGAACAGUGGUCCGAACGACCACGUCUUCUUCUAUUAUGCCGACCAUGGGAGCACGGGACUAGUGAGCAUGCCUGUGGGGGACAACAUAUACGCGAACGACCUGAUGAAUGUGCUGAAGCAAAUGCAUGAGGCGAAGAGGUACAUGAACAUGGUGAUAUACAUAGAGGCCUGUGAGUCGGGGAGCAUGCUGCAAGGGCUGCUACCCAAGAACAUAGGGAUCUAUGCAACCACAGCGUCCAACGCCGAGGAGAGCAGUUAUGGUUACUACUGCCCUGGAGAGACUUCUGACGGGAAUUCCUUCAACUAUGACACUUGUUUGGGGGAUCUCUACAGCAUCGCUUGGAUGGAGGACAGUGAUGCCCACGAUUUGGGGAAGGAAACAUUGCAGGAGCAAUACUUAGCAGUGAAGAAGAGGACCAAUCUGUCCCACGUGAUGCAAUAUGGGAACACAGUUCUCAGUAAGGCGUUCCUCUCCACUUAUAUGGGCCAAAGCUCCAAGAAAGUCUCUUCCGUCCCCUUGGACGAGCUUUCUUCGUCAACUUCCCGAGCAAUUCCCCAGCGAGAUGCGGAUUUGGUCUUUUUCCAACGCCGGGUGCAAAAAGCUCCGAAAGGGUCUGCUAAGAGUGUGGAAGCACAGAAGAGACUGGACGAACAAAUUGCUCACCGAUCUCAUGUUGACCGCAGCAUCAAUCAAAUUGUCAACCACUUGAUCGGUGGCUCCAAUGCUGCAAGCAUGUUGACUGCUGUUCGACCUGGAGACCAACCUGUUGUUGAUGACUGGGACUGCCUCAAAACAUUUGUGAGGACUUACGAGCAAUAUUGUGGACGCCUAAGCGAGUACGGAAUGCAAUACACAAGAGCCAUGGCGAACAUGUGCAACGCUGGAGUAGACAAGGACCGUAUGGUAGCAGCUUCUAUUCAAGCUUGUUCUGGGAAAGGAGAGUGAAAACGAUGAUCAGUGUCCCAAUAAUGCUUUUGUAAACAGUUUCUGAAUUACAUAUGGGGUAUAUGUGCUGCUUCUAGGAAAUUGGAAGAAAUUUACAUUGGCGAGCUCUCUGUGUAUCUUGUGAAUCAGUCGGCUCAUCAAAAUGCUCAAAGUUUGUUCGAAAGUGUGGCAGAAUCUUUUCAUAUGGUUAAUGAUAUGGUCAGUUUCUGUUUUUUGGCAA